AUGAAAGUGAAGAGAUCUAAGGCAUCGGACUUAGCUGAAUCACUCAAGCACCUUAAAAUUAGCGAUCGCCGUUUUCGUCCCCAACUGAAGGGGUCUACACUCCACACACUUGCUUCUCUUAAUGAAGUAUCUUCGGGCUGUAGAUAUAAUUUUCGAAAGACACGGUCUGCUUCGUCAGCAACGGUUGUAAGUUACGGUUUUCGGUGUUGCAAAGCAUGUGAAUAUUGUCGAGCUAUCAGAAAAGCUGGUACUGAAGGUGAAGUGAUAGAUAACAAUUCAAAUCAGGCGAGUACUUUGUAUCCAUGUUUGUCAGUAGAACAUUCAAAUACAUCUGCAGACUGUUCUGAAGACACAGGAUCUUUCUUAGAACCGCCUACUUCAUCUACCAGAAGACCAUCUGGCUAUCUCUGUACAACACUCCCGCCCAAACCCUGCCAUUCUAACUAUAGAACCGUAGCAUAUGACCUGCGCCCUUUGCAUGUUUCCUCCUUCUUCGAACCCACCCAUUUACGUCGAUCUUAUGGCAAUGAGUUGAGUGAACUUGAACAAGACCAUAGUUCGAUCACUCAAAGUCCUUACAACACAACCAGCACAGAUCACGGUGAUCACCCUUUAUGCUGCUGUCAUGUCAUUGGGUUUCAUUUACCUCAUCACUUACGUCUAUAUCGUCGACUGUACAGUCUUGUUGACCACCCUUGUGUAAGUCUAUAUUACCCUUGCAAACAUCAUGCAUAUAGACACACUACAGUACCCAGUGGCUGUUCCACGGGAGCAGCUACUUCCUUCCGUCGUUCUUUAUCAUCAAGGCAUCGCCAUACCAUUACUCCAGUUUCAGUCCAUCGAUUUAGCAUCGAUUCACGGACCGCAUCAUGUUCUAAAUCUUUAGAUACUGAGUGCGAUUCGGGACUGACAGAUAUAUCUCCUGGAUCCAACUAUUGUAGUAUUCAUCAGCAUACGGCAGUGCAAUCGUGUUUACAACAAAGUGCAGCUAAAUACAAAAGUCAGCUCACUGAAAAUCGUCUUGUUGGAACCCAGCGUUGUCGUAGAAAUUCGGAUCCAGAAAGUUGGCAGCAGUUUCGUAAUUUACAAUUCUUUGGACCUUCUCUAUCUAGUGAUAUGAACGAGAAUUUUGAUUUGAAUGUCUCUUACGACGGUGAAUUUAACCGGACAGAAGAACUACCAAAUAACUCACAGACUGAUCAAACAGAUGUAUCCAUUCGGUUUAGUACAUUUAGGAACCGAGAGGUGAAAACUUUAGGAUCUAACUUACAGUUUCAUGGAGCUGAUCAUCAAUAUGACGCCAAACUUUGUAAUUCAGUUGUGGAUAGUAAUGGCGAUAGGAAUAAUAUUGAUUAUGAGUAUGCUUUGCCUGAUAGUAAUACCCAAUUUGCACGGCCGAUUGUUGCAAAAACCACAACUAGUUUCCCUGCAUUUAAUAUUUCGAAUUCUGUUUUCAUUCCAUUGGCUAAUGAAAAUUCUAAUUUUUGUCAAAUGAAAUUUUCACAAAGUACUGACACUUUGCCACAGUCUAAAAAUUCAAUUGUUUCAUAUGAGUCUACUUUGAAUUCAAGUUCACAACAACAACAACAAUUUCACUUUCGACCCUCACUUUUAUUAUCAGCUGAACGUUCUGAACCGCCUAUAUCAUCAAUCAUGUAUACAUCAGAUACUUGCUUCUCAUUGCGUUCUAACAAAUCGAAUACUGUGAAUUCUUCAGAUAUAUCACUAUGCAGGUCACAGACAGAAAUGGACAAUCAAUCUGGAUUAGCUUGUCAACCGUUAGUUUGGACUGACUUAAGUGGUGACGGUGGUGCGAAUACUUUACUGAAACAACCUUUUAUGGAAUCCGAUGUGAAAGUGAAGGAAAGUACUGUCCAGUGUUCCAAUGAAGCAAAUUAUUUAAACAUUGCUGAUAUGAGUCAUCAUGUCAAUAGUAAUAAUAAGCCUCAAUUAGUUUCAGAUGUAUCAGUAAAUGAAUUAGCUUCGUACAUGGAACAUAUGGUUCAUAUUCCGGGCCGAAUGUCUGAAAUGGCUCAAAGAAUGUA